CCCCUGCCCCGCACCGUGACUCCUCCCCGGCCGCGCCGCCCGCUCCCGGCUCCCUCCGCCGCCUUCCAUCCCCUCCCGAGCCCUGCCGCUCCCGCAGCUUCUCCCAGAGAACAAGGAACAGAAAGAGCCUUCUGUGAUUUAUUUGUCCCUAAGUCUGGGCAGAGCUGCACUUCCCCACUGCUGUGAAGAGCUGGGCAAGGAUGGAUGGGACAUAAAGCAGAGCAGAAGUCCUGGAGCCUUAGUCACCAGUCUGAUGGACUUUCAGUUCACACUUUACUCCCCAACACUUGAAUUGCUUCUGUACUGUUGACAAAGGAAAAAUGACCUCUCCUCUAGGUCCACCACCGCCAUACUACGAGAACAGGGGCUUCCAGCCAGAGCCCCCCUACGCUGCCAGGCCGGCAGCAGGUGCUCCCCCCUACCCACAGCUCUUCGCCAGCCCUCCCUCCGUGCCAAGCUACGUCCCCAGGGUUGCCACCCACCAGUCCACCAGGCCAGCAGCACCCCCACCCAGGAGAACCUGUGCAGCCAGUCUAAGGAAAACCAUAAUAAUAAUAUUAUCUAUAUUAAUAGUAAUUUGUUGUGCAAUUGCUGCUUUCUUCAUCUGGUAUUUUGUAGAGAAUCACUGUCUCAGCUCCCUGAUUGAGUGUGGAUCCUCAGGGGUGUGCAUGUCCCCCUCCCAGUGGUGUGACGGCGUGAGCGACUGCCCCAACGGGGAGGACGAGACCCGCUGUGUUAGACUUUUUGGACCAAAUUUUAUCCUGGAAGUUUAUUCACCUGUCAGCAAAUCCUGGUAUCCUGUUUGCCAAGAUGACUGGAAUGAUGAUUAUGGGAAGAUUGCAUGCAAAGACAUGGGCUACAGCGUGGAUACAUAUUUCUACAGUCAGGGGGUGGCACCUGAUGUCAGCUUUAAGAGCUACAUGAAGCUGAACACAAGUGCUGGGAAUAUAGACUUGUACAAGAAGCUGUACAGCAGUGGUUCCUGUGCCUCAGGAAAUGUGGUUUCUCUGCGCUGCAUAGAGUGUGGCCUGUCCAGCAAGAGCGUGAGCAUCAUGAACAGGAUCGUGGGGGGCAGCGGGGCCGUGCUGGGGCAGUGGCCAUGGCAGGUCAGCCUGCACGUGCAGGGCACCCACGUCUGUGGGGGCUCCAUCAUCACCCCACACUGGCUUGUGACAGCAGCACACUGUGUGGAAGGGCGACUGUCUGACCCCCACAGCUGGAGGGUUUAUGCUGGGAUUCUGAACCAGGAUGAGAUGCUCUUCAGAAGUGGAUACAAAGUGCAACUGAUAAUUUCCCACCCAGAUUAUGACACGGACUCUAAAGACAAUGAUGUUGCCCUGAUGAAGCUGGAGACACCACUGAGUUUUACUGAAACUGUGAGGCCAGUUUGUCUGCCCAAUCCAGGAAUGAUGUUCCAGCCUAACCAGCAGUGCUGGAUAUCAGGGUGGGGAGCAGAGUACCAAGGAGGUAAAACAUCAAACAGCUUGAAUUACGUUGCAGUGCCCCUCAUUGAGCGUUCCAGGUGUAAUGCUGUUUAUAUCUACAAUGGCAUGAUCCUGCCUACAAUGAUCUGUGCUGGAGACCUAGCAGGGGGAAUUGAUUCCUGUCAGGGUGACAGUGGAGGUCCUCUGGUGACUCACCACCACUCUGUGUGGUGGCUGGUUGGAGAUACCAGCUGGGGCACUGGCUGUGCCACUCCCAACAAACCUGGAGUGUAUGGGAAUAUGACUGUGUUUACAGACUGGAUUUAUAAAAAUAUGCAGGCAAACAGAUGACAACACUCUCAUUGCUAAUCGAUGUUGAGGACAAGAAUGAAUGAAGCCAUGGGGGCCUGGGAUAUUUAUUCACUUGGUGGUUGAUUUUAUUUUUCCUCUUUGAUUUUUCUUUUUAAAAGUAACAUGAAGGAUUGCACACUUGGUUCUGUGCUGGCUACAGUGACAGAUCUUAAUCAGUGAAGGAUUAUCACAAUGAGCACCUUUCUUCUCCUUGUGGUGCCUGGCAGAGUCGUUCUGUCAACUGCUUGCUGAAAUGUCUCUCUUUUGUUGAGUAACUUUCACUUGAUGAUCAGGCUUAUAAUGACAAUUUCAAUCACAAUUUAAUUUCAGAUUUUCAUAGCAGGAUGCUGAGACAGUUGGUUUAGUAGUUUUUAAAUUAAAUGUUAAGUAAUGUGAAUGUUGAAUCUCCGAGCUGCUGGUUGGCAAUUUAAAUAGAAAUUAAUGUUUUUUUAAUAUAGAAUUACAAAAUGGUUUGGGUUGGAAGGGACCUUAAAGAUCAUCCACUUCCAACCCCACUGCCAUGGGCAGGGACACCUUCCACUAUCCCAGGUUGCUCAGAGCCCCAUCCAAACUGACAUUAAACACUUCCAGGGCUGGACCAUCCUCAUCUUCCCUGGGCAACCUGUUCCAGUGCCUCACCACCCACACAGGGAAGAAAUUCUUCCCAAAAUCUAAUGUAAAUCUGUCCUCUUUCAGUCUGAUGUCACUAGCCCUUUUCCUCUCACUCCAUGUCUUUGUCCAAAGUCCCUCCCCAGCCCUCUUGUAGGCUCAUGAGGGACUGGAAAAGGCGUUGAGGUCUCCCCAGAGCCUUCUAGAGGCUGAACAACCCCAGCUCUCUCAGCCUGUCUCCACAGCAGAGGUGCUGCAGCCCUUGGAGCAGCUUUGUGGCCUCUCUGGACUCACUCCAGCAGGUCCAAGCUGGGGAUCCCAGAGCUGGAUGCAGUAUUCCAGGAGGGGUCUCAGGAGAGUAGAGGGUGAGGCAUAUAUAUGAAGGGAAUUUUCAUGCACUACAGUACAGGCACAGAAAAUAAAAUAAAAAAAUACACUGUAUUCAGGUAGUUAAAAAUCCUCAGGAUCUCAACACAGCCGUCAAUCAAAGUCAGACUGGUGCAGUCUGGCUGCCUCAGACCUUACAGAAAUGUGCCUUAAGCUGCUCUGAACCCAAAAUGGGUGAGCUGUUGAUGUGGGAUUUGGAGAGGGAUGCCCCAGGAAGGGAUUCCCUGGGCAGGGAUGCCCUGGACAGGGAUGUCCUGGACAGGGAUGCCCCAGAGCUGCAGCAGGAGCAGUCUCAGUGCUGAGGUCCCUGGCUGAGCACACUGAAGGUGACUUUUGAUCUCUCCUUGCUGUGGAAGGGCAAAGGAGUCCAGGCAGGCUGUGCUGCACCUGGAGCUGCACACACACACACACACACACACACACACACACACACACACAGACAGGGAUGGGAUGUUUUGUACAAGGAAACACAAAACUGCGUUUCUGCAGGACAAGAUGAACUACCUCAUUUGUUAAAUUUGGCUUCUGAUUCCUUAGAGCUCUCCUUUAUGUAUCCACCUGUAUGUUUUUAGCAAAAUGUAAUUUGUAUCCGAGUGCCACCCAACUGAGGAUUUUGAAAAUAAUUUAUAAUCGUGGUAGAGGAUCAAAAAGCCAUAUCAAGUCACUUUGUUAAGAAGGAUAAAUCUUUAUUGAAUGAAAUGACUCUACUAGUCUUGUUUUCUCUUUUGGUACUGAAAUGCAAUUACCUUACAUGUAAACACUGCACCAAAUAAAUUGGGUUUUUUUUC